UUCCCCCUUGUUUCUCCCCGGAAAUAUAUGGGGCUAGGCCGAGGAUUCUGCGAUCCUUGAGCGGCUCCUAUUUUUAGCAUAGGUUUCUUGCGAUUCCAAAGGAUCGAGAGAUUUCUUCUCCGUAAUCUCCAUUUAUUGACUUCUCUGUUUGCAGCUCUUGAUCCGGUUGUUACUGUUCGUAGUAAAAUUUUGCAGCCCGAUUUCGUUGUCGGUCUUUCUUCCCUGUUUCUUCUUUGGUCGGCGUAUUGUUUGAUAGAUUAAAUUUUAUUUUCUUGAUUCUGGUAUGGUGGUGUUCUCGGAGAACUUUUCUCUGUUUUUGUAGGAUCUUGCCCCUCGGUUGUGAAAUUUUUAACCCUGUAAGUUUUUUUUUAAUGUUUUUUUAGCGAUCAUGAGAAGUGAAUUUUUUGUUUUUCUAGGGGCCAACAUGUGAGGAGGUUUUUGGUGGAAAUUGUUUUUCUGAUCUGAAUUGUUAUUUUAGUUGGAUUUCGGAGGUUUUGGCUUGAUAUGGCGGUGGGAUUUCUUUUUUCUUAUGUCUCUACUGCGGUUCCUCAAGUAGGGAAUUUUUCAAAAGAUGGGAUUUUGCUUCAGAAAAAGGACGUUUAGAGAGCGCGUGCGUAAAAGAUUAAGCGGAAAAAGGUUCUCAAAGAGUUCUGGACCAGUUUUCUGUUCUUCUUUUGAUGUAUUUCUGAAUUUAGGAGCAUAACGAUUGAUUUUAUCACGGAGUUAGGUACAAGGGUGUAUAUAGCCAAGUGUUUGCCCCUUUGUAAUGCUUUGUUAUCAGAUGAAGAAUCCAUUUUCCUUUGAUUUCUCUCAUUUUCUUCGGACUAGUUUUAAGUUGCGCUGAUCUGAUUGUGAGAAUGGGAUAGCUGGAUUUUGGGAAUAUAUGGCUCUGAUUUGGUAGGGAUGCCGGUUUCGGAACUUAUUUCUUUCUUCGAUGGCCAUGAGGUACACUGGUUGAGAAAUUUUUCGGUGCCAUGUUCUCUUCUGCUUGCUUAGCUCUUACCUUUUUCAUAUGUGUCCAGAUUAUUCUGCUGUGAGGUUCUACAAUUUUGCUCUGCUUUUUGCGCUCUUUUUUGAAUAUAAUUAUUACACACUGUUGCUUAAGAAGAAGCAUCCUCUUGUUGUGUUCUCUUUUCAUAUGAAUAAAUUUAUUCCUUGCUAAUUAUCAUUUAGAGUGUUGCUCUGAUGAUGCUAGUCAUUAAUUAAAUGAUAUCUUGAUCCAUGAAGCUGACCCGUAUAGACAAGAUAUGUCUUGUUGGUUAACAUGAAGACUUGGAAGAGAUCCUAGUCCCAGUGAAGAUAUUGUGGGAGCGGAAGAUUAAUGAACAUGCAUAGAUACUGCAAAUCUGUUUUUUUUUUUUUUUUUUGCACAUGUCUGUGAGGUUAUGUGAUAAUCUUUCCAAAGAUCGAGUUAUUGUUGGCGAAUUCUGGCAUUCUACCAUGAUAAAUACUAGCUACAGAGAAUUAAAAAAGUUCUAGUGGAUGAUGCGUCAGUCUGCUAAACAUGGUGCUGUUUUGAGUUUAGAACUAUAAGGAGGAUGGUUCAACUAGCUAGUGAAAUUUAUCAAAGAGGAACAUGCUGAUAUUCUUUUAGAAUUUGUCUUUGCAAGUGAUUUCAGGGAAAACAGAGAGAUGGAGAUAGGUGAAAUAUAUCUGAGGCUGGAUGCUGAAGCAGAGAGGUUUUUUUGGGUUUCUGUCCUAUAAAAUGGUAGGGGGACCCACAGUGUUUCAUGAUUCCCAAUGUUGGGCAAUAGAGUCCAAGGACAAAAGGUGAAUGCAACAUAAAUAGGAUGUUGAGAAGGAUGCAUGGUAAAAUAUGGAAGGAUCAAGUAGGGAAUGGUAGAUUUUGAGUGAAAGCGAUGGAGAGUUGAUUGAGUCGAUAAGGUCAUGCAAAAUGAAACUUGUGGAGGCUCCUUCAGGUAGAGGUGCUCAAAUCUUUGUUGAAGGAUUUAUGUAGAGGAGUGGAGGACCUAGAUACCAUGAAUAGAAGUAGCGAGAGGAUGUGGAAAAGUUUGCAACACCAAAGUUAGCCCUAAGUAGGAAUAAUUCACGAAUAAGUGUUCAUAGCCGAGAUAGCUAAGACAAAUCUUGAUGGUUAUGGUGAUGAUUAAUUCUGUCAGGAUAGAGGGAGUCAAAUGAAAUGCAAAUUAAAGAUUAAAACUAUGAUAUGAGAAAUAUGUUUUUUAAACUUCUGCUAGUUAUACAUACUAUAUAAAGUAUAAACAUUUAUCAUAUGGUUCAAAGUGCCAGAUUGGAUCUCACACAUCCAAAGCUGAUAUAACAAGAAUUUAGGUCCAGUUUCUUGUUUACAUAUUUGCUUUCCCUUAGAUAAGAUAACUUUUGUCUUUUUGACUAAUAUUUUCAGUUGCUUGCUCCUGACACAAGCAACAGUCUGUCUCAAGCUUGAAUAACUGCUUUAAGCGAUAUUAUCGGUGAUCUGAUUCUGAAAAUUCUGGUCAGACUUGAUCAGCUUAUUGUGUCAUCAACUACCAUUACCAUCCUUUUUUCUGGUUAGCUAUGUAAAUAACAAAUUUUCGUUUUUUUCUUAAAUUUCUUUUAUCUAGUUCUUACUUUAUUUUGUCAAGUACCUUCUCUUUUAUUUUUUUCUAACUUUGCCUCAAUCACAAGCAAUAUAAAUUUGAACUGUUUAUAGUUAUUCCGUUGUAAGAACUUAAAUGACCGACCAUGCCUUAAUUUUGAGUUCAUGUUGACCUCCAUGAACAGAGUUCAAUUGAGAUGUGCUAAUUGUAAAAUCAAAACUUGAACAUGAAUUGAGUUAACUAGAUAUCUAUAUUGCCAUGGACUAAGACAAAUUGUUCCUCAGAUCCCAUUGAUGCUUUACCUCCCAGAUUUUCUCAAGAAGCCUCUCAUUCCAUUAUGCUUCAAGACUAAAUUUAACCAAUUUGUCGUUAUGUGAUGUGAAUGUGAUAGAGCUUUAGAUGAUGCCAUUACCAAUUCGUAGUGAAUUUUCUUUUUUGCUCCUUGUUUGUAUUCAGAUGUUCAAAAGUGUAUAACUUGGGCCCAUAAUGUUGUCUUUUUGUUGCUACAUGUGUAUUGCAUUAGACUAAACAUACAGUUUAUGGCUAAUAUCUUAUUGUGACUGUUCCAAAACUCUACUACUGCCAUCUUCAGUUUAGCAUGGCAUCUGUGGUUCUGCAUCAUGAUCCACAUAUCCUUUUAGCAGAUUCAUCCAAUUAGAGAAGCAGAUGUAACUGUAUGGUUUCAUCCUGAUAAUCAUGUAUACAUCUGAUUUAAAACAAUGGACUUCCUUUUAAUUUAUUCAAAACUAGAUUGUUGGUACAUGGUAGUACUUCCAAUCUGGAAUAGCAACUCUUCUGUUGUAACUUGUUGACUUUUAUGUAUUUUCUUACUCAUUUAUGCAUAGACAGGCACGACCUAAGAUGCCUUGUGGCCAUUCAAGGACCAGUAGCAAUGUCGAAAAGGUUGCAGAUAGAAGAAGUCGCGCUUUAUUCAAAAGAUCUCUAGAUCAUAGCAAGUAUAAGUUUUGUUCAAAGUUGCUGAAAAUGCAUGUCUUCAUUCAGGAACGUGAAGCACCUGGACAUGCCUUGAGGAAUUCUGAGCAGAGGUGCAUUGUAUUCACACUGUUUUUUCCACCGACAAUUAUUGUCCAUCUUGACCUGCCAAAAGAACAGAGUAUCAAUAUGCUUGAACGUACAGAUUCUGCAGAGCCGCUUCCAGUGUGCAGCUCUUCUGGAGGAGUUGUUCUGGGAGAAUCUCACAACAGGAACAAAUCCAAGCCUUUCAAUAACUCCUCCAGUACUCCCUCUGGGUGCUCGGUACCAGACAACUUUUCCAGUUCAGUUGACUCAGAUUUCUUGGUGAGCGAAAUUCCCAAGGGGGACAAGUCUGUGAAAAGAAAUUCAAGAAAGAAGGGGAAAAAGAAAGGAAAGCAGUACAAACGAGCAACACGCAAAAAAGUUACUGGCGGACUAGAAAUUCAACAUGAACAAAGUGUACGUGGUCCUGUUUCUGAUGCCACAACCAACAGUGGUCUGGUUUGUUUGGGUGAGCGCACUUCAGAACAUAGUGUAUCCGAGAAGGCAACCUUCCCUAGUUUGUCCAUUGAGGAUACUGCUGCGGAGAAGGAUGAUAGUGAAAACAAUAAUGGAUACGGCGAUGAAAUUGAUGAGUCUGACCAAAUAGCUUCUUUGUCUCAGGAAUCUGCUGGCAAGGAAUCCAGCUACGACAGUGCCGCUUCUGUAAAUAAUGCAUCAAGCACUACUCAAACACCAGAAAUAAUUUUAACGACCUUUGAUGAGAAUAAUAAAAACAUUAAUUCAAAAAAAGAGAGCAAUUUCUCUGACAGUUCGCCCAGCACUUCCUUGGAUUCUUGUAGUACUCCAAUGCUAGACUCAUAUCUAAAUGAUUGGAAUAGUAAUAUCAGUGAAAACUCCAUUGAUGAUUUUGAAACUCCGUUAUUUGUCAAGGAUGAAAAUGGACUUAGUUCUUCAGGGGGAGGAAUGACUUCAGACUCCAGGAAUUCUGACACUUCAUGUCAUACUACAACUGUAAAUUUAUGUGAUAUAAAUACUGAAAUGUUAAAUGAUGGUUGCAUCGGUAACUCUUGUUGGUCAAAGGAUGUUGUCAAUACUUGUAACGGUACUGAAAGAGCUCAAUGUAGUAGCGAGGCCUGUAGCAGCAAUGACUUCCUUCCUGUAUUAUCAGGAAGGAGGGGUAGGCGUGCUAGAAAAAUGAGUGGUGGUGCGAGUCAAAUUGGGCCUAACAGAUUUCAUGGUCCCACAGGAAAAGAAAAUAAUCAUUCAGUCUGGCAGAAGGUCCAAAAGAUUGACACUGAGGCACCCAUUCGUGAAACAGAGGCCAUAAAUGCUGUAGCUCCCCAGGAUAACACUUCAUCAAAAGGUUCCAAUGCAAGGAUUAGAUCUGGUACAUCUGUGGGGCUGAAACAAAACCAGAGUGGAAAACCCUGCAGAAAUUCUUCUUUAAAUGAAGUGGUUAAGGCAGAUUUGUGCAAAGUAGCCUCUGACACUGUUAGUAGAAGUGACAUAGCAUCUAAUUUGAUUGAUGGAAACUCAGUGCAUAAUGUCCGAAAGAAAGCCAGUUCAGCCUUUAAACAGGCAUAUCACUAUUCUAGGAAGGAAUCUUAUGCAGCUAAAGUUAACGUGAACCGGGCUUCCAAAAACCAUGUUCCAAAAAAUGAAGGAAUGCCGAUCUUACCACAGGUGAAUCAUGGCAAGCACAUUAGAACUGGAUUAAGAUCACCUUGUAGCGCUAAUUACCAACAACUUUUGGUUGCACCUACUGACAAAAUUGACCAUUGUCACCCAGAGCCACAGCAGAAGACAGAGAAUUACAUAGAGGAAGUAACAUCAUCAGGAUAUAGUUGUGGCGCAGUAUGUGAUACGAGUUCUCCAGCUGCUUAUAAUGAUAUAGGUGCCUCACCAUCAGAUUCUUCGGACCGAGUGUACAAUGAAGUGACUUCUGAUAGCAGUAGUGCUAAGUACUCAAAAGAAGAGCUUUGCCUUACAGACUCUGAAGGAAACCAAUGUUUGAAAUUAGAAACUGAAAGUUCACAUACAGAAUGGAGCAAACCAGAGAGUGGUGCUGGUUCUGUAUUGCAGAAGUGGGUCCCUGUGGGAAGGAAAGAAUCAACGGUGUUCAAUAUGAGCCAUUUAAAUAAUAUAAAGGUCUCUGUUGCGGAAGAUUUGGUUCCUGAUAAAUUGGACUCAAGGAAUGUUAAAACAGAGGUUUCAACUUCAAAUACUCCGUACGUCACUCCUUUAACUGCGGGUGGGUUUCCAUGCUCAAGUCCCAGAGCUGAAGAUAAAAACUUUUGUUCUGUUAAAGCCGAUCAAAUAAAUAGUAAAUUGAGAAAUCACCCUCAUGUGGCUGCAGAGUCAAAUGGUGUGCCUGCUGCAUCCAACUGUCAAAGUCAUGAGGUGAAAAUUCAAUGCUUUUCUAGAUCUGAUAGUGAUUUGGAUAAGAUAAUAGAGGCUGUUCAUGAUGCCUACAAAUUGCAUACUGUAGCAGAAGGUGCUCACCUAGCCUCUGGGAGUCCACUGGCUGACUUUGAGAGAUUUCUUUAUGCCACCUCGCCAGUUAUUGGACAAACACGUUCUAUUAGAAGUUGCAGGACUUGCUCCAAAGAACAACUGAUCGGCGACUCAUUGUGUGCGCAUCAGAUUCCUAGCAUAUCUUUGAAGAGCCUCUGGCAGUGGUAUGAAGAACCUGGGUGUUUUGGAUUGGAAGUAAAGGCACAAGAUUAUCACAAAUCAAAAAGGUUGCAUAAUGGUUAUUCUGAAUUCAGUGCAUAUUUUGUACCUUAUCUUUCUGCUGUGCAAUUAUUUGGGAGAUCCAGGAAUACCAGAAAUGGCAGCCCUGAUGAAGUAGCAAUAGCUUCUGAGGUGGAUAAGAGAUUAAAAACCCCAUCUAAUUUAUGCUCCCUCCCAAUUUUCUCCAUGCUACUGCCGCAGCCUUUUAAAGAAACAGAUACGUGCUUACCUGAAUCAUCUUCUUCUGCCAAAGAUGAAUUUUGCGAUCAGUUGGAUAGAAGCACAUGUAAGGGUGAUGUGGAGCUCAUCUUUGAAUAUUUUGAAUCUGACCAACCUCCAUGGCGACGUCCAUUAUUUGAAAAGAUAAAUGAGCUUAUUGGUGGUGACACAUUAUCUAAUUGCCGAGCAUUUGGAGAUCCGCUGAAGCUGGAAAGCAUCAACCUGCAUGAUCUUCAUCCUGCUUCAUGGUAUUCUGUUGCAUGGUAUCCUAUAUAUCGUAUACCAGAUGGCAAUUUUCAUGCUGCAUUUUUAACUUAUCAUUCUCUUGGCCAUUUUGUUCACCAAAGUUCCUCCUCCAAAGCAUCUGACAGCCUCAGCUGCAUAGUUUCUCCAGUUGUUGGUUUGCAGACUUACAAUGAUAAGGGAGAGUGUUGGUUUAGACUGAAGGACUCAUUUUCAAAGGUCAUCCAGAAUGAAGUUCGAUUUUCCAAUCCUUCAGACAUCUUGAAAGAGAGACUGAGAACACUCAGGCAAACUGCAAAUGUAAUGGCUAGGUCUUCAGUUUCUAAGAGCAAUCAGAGAUCUGUAAACAGGCAUCCGGAUUAUGAGUUCUUCCUAUUGCGGAGUCGGUAGGGGGCUGUUUUCUUUCUUUUGAGCAAAAGUUCCUUCUCUCAGUUCUUUCACUAGGCUAUGGUCCUUUCAUUUGUAACAAAUGUAAGAGUAGAGCUAACUUGAAGGCUUUUAAUUUAUAUCAGGGGCAGGAAUCUAACCUGAACGAGGAAGUGCAAGCUCUUAACUUACUUCCCCCCCUUUUUUUUUGUACAUUGUCUAUGUAUGGAUUAUCUUCAUAAUUUCUCUUAUCAAAGCUUUAGUUGUGACUCAUCUGCAGUC